AAAUCCUGCACCACAAUACGGUGGUUAGAUGUGUCUAGGAAAUAUGACAGACAAUAAAGUUUGUGAACUGUAUCUUUGUCCCAUACAUGGUGGUUGGGGUCAGUGGCAGGAAUGGGGAUCGUGUUCUGUAACAUGUGACAUGGGAAUGAAGAGUCGCAGCAGAGAUUGUUCGAAUCCUCCUCCUAGUCGAUUUGGUGAUCACUGUUUCGGGCACAAUCAAGAGUCACAACUGUGUAUGCCUAAAAUCUGUUCAAAUGGUGGCUGGAGUGCGUGGGAGACGUGGGGAUCUUGUAGUGUAACUUGUGGAAGCGGGAUAAAGUCAAGGUUCAGAGCAUGUGCAAACCCCAAACCAUCCCCAUAUGGACAGUAUUGCGAAGGGGAUAACAGUGAAAUUGAUAUAUGUUCACAUAUAACUUGUGAUUUGAGCCAUUGCCAACCAAAUCCCUGUGUCCAUGGAUCGUGUAUUGACCUUAGAAAUGAUUUCUUAUCUACAUGUGACCAAGGCUUUGAGGGAAGAAAUUGCAAUAUUUGUAAGGACAAAACAUGUUUUUGA